AUGCUUCGACGUGCAGUGGAGGAAUUAUCGACGGGGUCGGAUUCGGAUUAUUCCAAGUGCUGGAUAUCAUGGUUCUUGUCAUCGAAAGGCAAUGAAUACUUCUGUGAAGUCGAAGAGGACUACAUUCUCGACCGAUUCAAUCUUACGGGACUGAAUACCGAGGUCACGAACUACUCACAAGCUCUGGACUUGAUCACAGACAACCUGGAGUCAGACGAUGACAUUCAGGACGAGCUUCGUGGAUCGCUGGACGUGCAGGCACGCCUCCUGUACGGGCUGAUCCACGCAAGGUGGAUUGUCACUGCGCGUGGACUGGCGAAAAUGCUCGAAAAAUACAAGAAAGCAGAUUUCGGCCGAUGCCCACGAGUCCUAUGCCAAUCCCAGCCGCUCCUCCCCGUGGGCCUGACAGACAUUCCAUACGAAAAGUCCGUCAAACUCUACUGUGCUCGCUGCGAAGAUCUUUACUCCCCCAAAUCUUCGCGCCACGGCUCCAUCGACGGCGCCUACUUUGGUACCUCCUUCCCGCACCUUCUGUUCCUUGUAUACCCGCACCUUAUUCCGCCAAAGAGUGGUCCCCCUGACAUGACGGCCGGGCCUUCCGUGUCGCGCGAGAGCGAUGGGCGCAGGGUCGCUGGUCGGAGAGCACGGGACGAGCUCGAGGGCAGUGUGGCAGAGGGAGUCGGGGAAGGCGUCAGCACAGCCGCCGCCGCGCUCAAGGCCGACAGGUAUCGACCGAAGAUUUUCGGCUUCCAGGUGAACGAGAUUGCUAAGCUCCAGAGGUGGCAGGAGGCCAUCCGGGAUAGGUCGGUGCACUGA